AGGAGCCGCAGGGCCGAGCUGCCGAAUCCCACAGGGUCUGCUCUCCCUGGCUCAGGCCUGGCUAGUUCCCGAGCCACCAAAGCAAGGCCAGUGGGCAGCCGGAAGUGACGCAGUGUGAUGGCCGGUCGCCUAGAAGCCAGGGGAUCCGAGAAGCCACGUGCAUGGGCCCAAAUGGACAGCAGGGCCACGGAUGACCUCCCUCCUGAGGCCUCGGAGUCCUUCUCUGAAGAGGUACGGAGUUCAAGUUCACUCAGUUCCCCUGGAGGGCCGCUGCCCUCGCCUCCGGUCUCAGGGGACAAACCUGAGAGUGGAAAGCCCCCUGCACACUUGUUGGAAUAUCAGGACAAACGAUCAGAGCUUCCAGAAGAGAGGUUUAGUCGGAAAAGAAUCGACUACCUCAAGGGCAAAGAGACUAACACUGGCGGACACCCACCAGACACUCAGCCUCCAUCAGAAGUCACUCCAGUGUCUGAUGAACAGACGCGUGCCCUGCAGGCGUUUUGCUCCCUGAAGGUGAACCUGAUGCACCGCAGAGCUACCUCUAAAGGAAAGAAGCGCAGCAGACAUCAGAAGCCGCAGCUCAGGUCUCAUGCAGAGGCUCCAGAGGUGGAUGCCGCCCGCUGUACUGCCCCCGAUGAGCUUUUGAACAGAAUGCAUUUAAAAAACGUGAUGGCAACACUAAAGCAGGCGGCGGCAGUUAAGCAACACGUGCCCUCGAGGUGCCCCGAUUGUAUCAGAAAAAGAGCAGAACUGGCUCAAUCUGCCUUCCUGAAACGAAAGAAGACUUUACUGGAGACACUUCUCCUCCAAGAGAAAAUAGAUGAGCGUCUUCAUACUAAAGACUUCCUCACCUUUAUUGGAGAAGCACACCGGGGCCUCCCCAGGCUCUCAGAUGACCCCAGAAUAAUCUGGAAAAGACUGAAUGAGAAAAGCCAGAAGAGAGACUGUUUUGAAAGGUCGGAUCCAGAGCAGAAGAUGUAGUGGAAUGGAAAUGGGGCUUGCCAUUCACUGUUUGCUCUACCACCUCUCAAACCACUUAUUCUAACCAAACAGGAGAUGCUGUUUAUUAAUGAUAGUGUAUGAUGUGGGUAGGUGUUUUUGUUUAAUUUGAAUAAUUGUCAUCAUUUCUAUAAGCACUUUGGAAACUAACUUAAAAAUUUACUAUGCUUCCUUCACAUUUUGGAGGACGAAGAACUUUUGAUCAGUAUGUUUUUCAGAUUAUAGAGGGCAACAUGGUAGUUGGGAUAGUUACAAAGUUUUUACAACAAUCCAGGAGAGAGAUGCUGGUAAUUUUGGACCAGGGUUUUGACAGUGCAGAUAGAGGUACAGAAAUUCAAGAGAUAAUUAAGGAAAUAAUAAUUGACAGUCUUGAUGAAGAGAUGGGUAUGGGGAUCUAAUGAAAGGUUAAUGUUAAAAGUAUUACUGAGUUUCUGACUUGUGUAUUGAAUGGAUAAUAAUUUCAUUAAAUUGUACAUAGAAACAGAAGAGGAUCCUGUUUGA